UGAAAGAAAAUUUAGUAUUGCCGUGAUCUCCAUCAGAGCAGCAUCAUGAGUUUCAACGACAAAGUAGUUAUUGUGACUGGCGGGAGCUCCGGUAUUGGAGCCGCCAUUGCCGUCGAAUUCUCUGGACUCGGAGCUAAAGUAACUAUUGUUGGAAGAAAUGAAACCAAACUGAAGGAAGUCGCGAAGAAAUGCAAAAAUCCCUUGACAGUAGUGGCGGACAUUACUAAGGAAAACGACAUUAAGAAAAUUGUUACCGAAACCUUGAACCGCUUUGGAAAAAUUGAUAUCUUGAUAAACAAUGCUGGGAUGGCUAUUCAGGCGGGUAUUUUAGCUGAAAAUGCUAUGGAAACCUAUGAUAAGGUGAUGAACACAAACCUUCGUUCUGCUGUGUACCUCACACAUCUUGCCGCGCCCCACAUCGUCAAAACCAAAGGGAACAUUAUUAAUAUAUCAAGUAUAGCUUCGUUAACCGUCUUCGGUAAUGAUCACUUUUCAUACGGCGCAUCGAAGGCUGCUAUGGACCACUUCACCAGAUCUAUUGCUGCUGAACUGGCCUCAAGCGGGGUUCGAGUCAACUCUGUGAAUCCAGGACCAGUAAGAACUGAUUUUCUUGAGAACAUGGGUGUUGAAAAGAAAGCGGAACAAGAUGCCAUGUUCGAAGAAUUCGGUAGAACGGCGACGGCACUUGGAAGAGUCUCUGAUUCUGAAGAAAUUGCUGAUUUAGUAAUAUUUUUAGCGAGUGACAAAGCUAGAGGCAUCACAGGUUCCGUUUUCGUGACUGACAAUGGUUCUUUAGUAAAACCAAAAUAGACAAAGAAGUAGUAAACUGUUUUACUAAAAUACUAUCGAUGACUGUUAGAGGCAUAAUUUGAUUUUUAUAUAAGCAACAAUUUUGUCAAGACAGGUUUCAGUAAAAAUUUGUGGAUUAAAAAUGAAAUUCAUAUUCGCCACUUAUUGGUGGCUAGAUUAUAUUAUAAUU